AUGCUACAAAUAACAUUAUUUUAUCUCUUGGCUUUGACGACUGGUUCCUUCGCUGCCGUCGCUGGUCGAUUAAGUGAUCGAGACUCGGAUGCAAGCUUAGCAACGCCUUUUCUAGCCGGUACCCCUACUUGUGAGCUUCCAUAUGUACCGCCAAUGAAUGUGACACUUCCGGGCCAGCCUCCCAAUCCGCUAACCCCUCCGGAUGAGAUAUGUCAAUUUCUAUGUCCUCUUCAACGUCCAUGUCCAAAAGACUGUAAAAAAUGCGCAUGGAAUGCUGGGUUUGCAUGUUGUGCGUUCACUGGCCAACCAAAAUGUCUUGAUCCCGUCCCUGGCCAAUCUCUUACUCGAUCCAGGACGGUUGCUGGUGCUCCUUUAGCUACUCAAGCCCGUAGUGGUGGAACUGCUGGUCCAACUCGACCUCCUUUGCCUACCAAAAGAGGUCACCAAAGGACUGGCCAUGGUUGGAGAAAGAGACAAGACACAGCAGAGAUAACUUGUCCUGAUCAUGAGCUGCCAUGCCCCAAAGAAUGCCCCAAGACGUGUAUACGGCCAAAAACAGGACCUUGUCCUAACGCGAACAAGCCUACCUGCCCUCCCUACUGUCCAAAAAUCGUUGUUCCAUGCCCAAAAGAAUGUCCAACUGAAAAAUCUGGAUGUGUUCGUCCGCAGGGAGUUCUAUGUCCAUAUGCCGUUGAGCCAACUUGUAAGCCGACCGUUACCAUUACCGUUGAUCCGGCAAAUCCAACCUUUUGCCCGCUAGUAAUUAGGCCAUGCCCGGAGAAGUGUCCAGAUUCUUGUUUGCGUCCAGUCGGAGCACCUUGUCCGAAUAUUUAUCAACCUUGGUGUCCUGAGGAUUCAAGUAUUUCCGUGUCCGCUACCACCAUGACAUUAUCUACACCGACUGCGUAA